UUCAUCUUUAUUCGAAAGGGAACAAGGGAGUCGAUCAUGGAGGGGCAAAAGCCUGACCCUAGAGCGAAAACCCUAGCCCUAGAAUUAGGCAUCACAACUGGCUUGGCGGCUACGGCGCCUGCCGCUGAGGAGGAGGAACCCAGCAAGGAGGGAUUUGAAGCCGGAAAGGUCAAAGAGAUGGAGCCGAAGGGCAACCUGUCGGCCUCUGCCGCGAAGGCAGCUAAAGAGGCGGCGGCCGGAUUGGUAACGGACCUCCAGAAGAAAUUGCUCCGGGCGGAGCGUUUCGGUGUGCCAGUGAAUCUCUCGGAGCAGGAGAAGCGCAACACUCGGGCUGAAAGGUUUGGCUAUGGAUCAUCUUCAAGUGGAACAUUAAAUAGUAAUGCAGAGUUACUGAAAAGACAGGCUCGAGCAGCGAGGUUUGGGCUCGCUGCCGAAACAGCGCUCGAGGAAGAAGCAAAGAAGAAGGCUCGGCUGGACAGAUUUGCACUAAACAAGAAGCCAGAUACUUUAGAAGAAGCGAAAACAAAGGCAAGAGCAGCAAGGUUCUCACAAACAUCAACUGCCUCAUCAGCAACCAAUGAACAAGCAAAUCCUGAGAUGACAACUGUAGAUCAGAUCAAAGGAGGAACCUGAAUGAAGAUUCAUUCUGAUGCAUCUUCAGAUGCAGAGCAAACACGUAUCAUCUAAUUUUGCAGACUCUUGAAAGUUCUUUGCUGUUUUUGCAAGUAUGAGUCUGCAGCAUAUGAAAAGUUGGAACAUUAUCAUCUCAUGGAACUAUUGAAACAUCACAUAAAAUGAGAUGUUCUUUGUUUAACAUGCACAACAGAGUGGUUCAAAUUUGUUUGAUCAUACAUAACAAAAACUUAUUAUCUGUUUAUAAAUCCCAGAUCUGGUUUUGCAGUGGUACA